GUAGAAGUGUAGCGGGACGGUUUGAAACCGCAUUUAUUGAAGAAACAGUCGAAAUAUUUAAAAAAAAGGAAGAGCUGAUUGGCUUUCGGUAUCUGUCGUCAAAAGAUAAGGAUUUGAGCAGCAUGUUUCGUUUUUACUAUACCUUGAGAGGAGGUCUAAUGAAUUGAUAAAUUGAAUUUUACACGCACUUGUGUUAAAAUUUUGAAUUGAAUUUCACGUGCUUGCCGAUCGCUGGCAUUGGAUUAGGGUCUGCAGCUGGAAUUCACUGGAAUUAUUGGUAUUUCAUAAUUGACCAUGGAGGAAGAUUUUGGCUUUGUUCCCCGUGGUAGAGGACGAGGGAUGAUGCGCGGACGUGGCAGGGGCGGCGGCUACCGUGGCGGUGACCCGGAGCGCGGCGGGUACCGCGGUCGGGGGGAGCGCGGCGCGCGCGGCUAUAGGGGCCGGGGCGAGCGUGGCGGCCGGGGCGGCUAUCCACCGCGCGGCGGUGGCUACGACUCCCCGCGCGGCUACGGCCGCGGCCGCGGCUACCCGAGCCGACGCGGCGGGAUGGAGCACGGCGACUACGAACCCAUGGACAGCUACGAGCCGGCCCCUUAUGAGGAGCCGGCGGCCGAGUACGAGCCCAGAGGCCGUCGGAGCUAUGAGCCUCGCGGCCGCGGAGGGUACGAGGGUCGUGGCAGGGGCGGCUAUGAGCCCCGUGGCCGAGGAGGCUACGAACCCAGAGGUCGGGGUGGCUACGAGUCCCGCGGCCGCGGAGGUGGUUAUGAGCCCCGCGGUCGCGGAGGGUACGAGCCGCGCGGCCGCGGAGGAUACGAGGGUCGUGGCCGCGGUGGCUACGAACCCAGAGGUCGCGGUGGUUACGAGCCGCGCGGCCGCGGCGGCCGCGGUCGGCCUCACUUCGAGGACGCCGGCUACCCGGAGGCGCCGCCGCCCAAGCGCGGCCGCUUCGUGGGCGGCGGCGGCUGGGGCGAGUACCCGCCCGAGGAGCGCGGCUACGCGGCGGAGUACGUGGAGGAGCCGCGGGGGUACGCGGCCGAGCCCCGUCCGUACCGAGGCGGCGGUGGUGACGACUAUGGCGGCGACCGCUACAACGGCGGCUACAACGGCCGAGCGAUGGAUGACGGCUACUCUAACGGUCACGGAUACCAGGCUGGUGGCCGUUGGUAGUAGGUUACAUGUGCCCAAGGCUGUUGCGCGGGCACGGUAGACCGCUACGGUAGAACGCUGGCCUGACAAAGGGGCUCCGCACACGCCUGCUAGGCGCUUACUCUAAAGUCGGGUGAUUCCCUCGAGAGCGUGAGAGAGGAACUGAGACAAAGAGAAAGACAGAGCUGACGCGUCGAGGCCACGAGAGAAACUGUGACGUACAGAUGAGUGGCGUGAACAUGCCUGUGAGCCGCGAGGCGGGAGCUGACCUUGAUGUCUGCGGAGUCUGGAGCUAGGUUCGACGUAGUGCUGUUUUAUAUGUCGAAUUCACUGAGAUCCACGUUCAUGUACUACUUUCAUCUUACCAUCUUCGUUAGUGGCCGCCAUUUGUUGCUGUUCUUUCUCGCUGGAGAAAGCGAAGGAAAGUAACGGGCGCCCGAUUAGUGUUGUAAGACUAUCUCAUCCUGACCGCGUCAUAAAGGUGGAUGCGCGAACAAUUUCAUAAUAUACUGGCGUCAAAACGUCUGCAGUAAUUUUACGAAAGGAUAAUUGUUGCUUUUUCUGUUUCUUCGGUUAUAGUGUAAGACAUAGCGCGACAAACUUUGAUAUGUACUUACGGAAAUGAAGCCCAUCAUCAGCGUAUUAGUUCCUUCGAUGUCGAUGUCAUAACCUGAUUGGUCGCGAUCAUUGGCAUUUCAAUGUCUCAAUAAAAAUCAUGACGAA